GUCUAAAAUAUACUUCACUUUUGUGACGGUGUAUCUUUAACAUCACUCCUUAUAUUACUGAAUCUUAUAUGUAAUAUGACAAUUUUGCAGUUAGCCGUGAACAGUUGCCAUGGUAAUUAUGUAGACAUUAAUUCCGCAAACUCAGCAUGUUUAAAUAGUCUGCAAAGCUAUGAAGAGUGCACAAGCCAUAUUAAUUUGGAAAACAUUUUGAAACCAUUUUGUGACGAAAAUGAUCCCGCACUAGAUUGUGAAGGUGAUUUUAACAAGGUCAUAAAUAAAUGGGCGAACACCGAAGUUGUACGACAAGCUCUCAACAUUCGUCAAGGAACAGUUGGAAAAUGGGAAUCGAUCAACAAUACCUUGCAUUACCAACAAGGAAAGAAUGACACAUUAUGUUAUUCUUAUGAUAUCUUUAGUAGUUUUUCCCACCAUAAGGAACUUUCUAGUAAAAAAUGUAGAGCUUUGAUUAUGAGUGGUGAUCAUGAUUUAACAUUUCCAUAUGUUGGGGUUGAGCAAUGGAUAACGUCUCUCAAUGUGCAAGUUGAAGUGCCAUGGAAACCGUUUUACAUUGAUGGUCAAGUUGGAGGAUAUAUAACAAAAUAUGCCCAAAACGAUUAUUCAUUGACAUUUGCUACGGUUAAGGGCGCAGGACAUACAAUUCCACAUGACAAGCCUAGGCAAACCAUGGUAUUAACUCAAGAGUGGUUUUCCUAACAAACGUAUUCAAGCGAUUCUUAGAUGAAAUAAGAUGAGUAGUUACUCAUCAUCACCAAAUAUGUAAUUGAAGAAAAAUGGUCAUAUAUAUAUAUAUGCAAACUUUGUGCUU